CCCACGAUCUCCGACCUCCCACGGGCUCCCCAGCGGGCCCACCAGGCCGCCCGGCCGCAUUCUGUGCCCCUCGUUCGCCUGCCCAGUUCUCUCUCGCCGGCAGUCAGGCGGGCGGGCGCCGGGGACCCCGCCGGCGCCGAGGCUUGGCAGGCGGACAGUGCGGGCCGGCUGCGGCCUCCUCGCCAUGUCCUCGGCCAGCGACGCCAGCAGUCACUUCCCCUUGCACCUCCUGGUCUGGAACAACGACUACCGGCAGCUGGAGAAGGAGCUACGGGGCCAGAAUGUGGAGGCCCAGGACCCACGAGGUCGAACCUUACUGCAUCUUGCUGUUUCUUUGGGACAUUUGGAAUCUGCUAGAGUCUUGCUCCGGCAUAAAGCAGAUGUUACAAAAGAAAAUCGUGAGGGAUGGACAGUUUUACAUGAGGCCGUCAGCACCGGUGACCCUGAGAUGGUAUACACAGUUCUUCAACAUCGAGACUACCACAACACGUCCAUGGCCCUUGGGGGAGUUCCUGAACUGCUCCAAAAAAUUCUUGAGGCUCCAGAUUUCUACGUGCAGAUGAAAUGGGAAUUCACUAGCUGGGUGCCUUUGGUUUCUAGAAUAUGCCCAAAUGAUGUCUGUCGCAUUUGGAAAAGUGGUGCCAAGCUGCGUGUCGAUAUCACACUGCUGGGAUUUGAGAACAUGAGCUGGAUCAGAGGGAGGCGUAGUUUUAUAUUUAAGGGAGAAGACAAUUGGGCAGAGUUGAUGGAAGUCAACCAUGAUGACAAAGUGGUCACCACCGAACACUUUGACCUCUCCCAGGAAAUGGAGCGCCUCAGUCUGGACUUGAUGAAGCCAAAAAGCAGGGAGGUUGAGAGGCGGCUCACAAGCCCAGUCAUUAACACCAGCCUUGAUACUAAAAAUAUUGCUUUUGAAAGAACUAAAUCCGGAUUCUGGGGCUGGAGGACAGAUAAAGCAGAAGUUGUUAAUGGUUACGAAGCAAAGGUUUACACAGUAAAUAAUGUGAGUGUGAUAACCAAAAUACGGACAGAACAUCUGACUGAGGAAGAAAAAAAGAGAUAUAAAGCGGACAGGAACCCACUGGAAUCUUUGCUGGGAACUGUGGAACACCAGUUUGGUGCUCAAGGGGACCUCACCACAGAAUGUGCCUCCGCGAACAACCCCACAGCCAUCACGCCUGAUGAGUACUUUAACGAAGAGUUUGAUCUGAAAGACAGGGACAUCGGAAGGCCAAAGGAGCUCACGAUUAGAACACAAAAGUUUAAAGCAACACUUUGGAUGUGUGAAGAGUUUCCCCUCUCGCUCGUGGAGCAGGUCAUCCCCAUCAUUGACCUCAUGGCCCGAACUAGUGCUCAUUUUGCAAGACUGAGAGAUUUCAUCAAAUUGGAAUUCCCACCUGGAUUUCCUGUCAAAAUAGAAAUUCCCUUGUUUCAUGUCUUAAAUGCACGGAUUACGUUUGGAAAUGUUAAUGGCUGUAGCACUGCUGAAGAAACUGUAUCUCAAAAUGUGGAAGGGACCCAGACUGAUUCAGCUGCCCAGGUCACAAAUUUUGAGGUCAACCAGUCUGUGUUUGAAAUUCCGGAAUCUUACCAUGUUCAGGACAAUGGACGGAAUGUGCAUCUGCAGGAUGAAGACUACGAGAUCAUGCAGUUUGCCAUCCAGCAGAGCUUACUGGAAUCCAGCAGGAGCCAGGAACUUUCAGGACCAGCUUCAAAUGGAGGGAUCAGCCAGACACAAGUCUACGAUGACCAAUAUGAGAGGGCCAUCCAGGAGAGCCUUCUCUGCAGCCCAGAAAGCCUGUGCCCUGAAGUCUCAAGUGAGACAAGCCGUUUUGAUAGCGACUUGCAGCUGGCGAUGGAGCUCUCUGCCAAAGAGCUAGAGGAGCAAGAGCUCAGGCUUCGGGAGGAGGAGGCGGAGCUCCAGCAAGUGUUACAGCUCUCUCUCACUGAGAAAUAAAGCUUUGUGUCCACGGGCAGCACAAGCAGAGGCUCUGGGCUGCACGGGGGCCGAGACACAGAAGGACCACCUCGCAUGUCUGCAGCAGAUGCAGCUGCACCUUCAGAGGUGCAGGACCAGGGACUCCCAGGCCCAACCAUGAUGCUCCCUGGUGAAGGCGCUGGGGACUGGCAGGUCCCAUCUCCAUGCUAAGGGGAGGAGAACAUUGUCACUUUCCAUUAGCUGUAUUGGCUUGCAGGUCACAUUUUUACUACCAGCUUUAGACAAAUACAAACAAACAAACAACAAAACCCAAUCCCCGCAGGUUUGUAGAUUAAUUUUUAUCAAGGAGUGAUAACAAAACAAGUUAUUGCAGAGUCAGGGUGCUUUUAUAUGUGAGAGCAGCAGCCUUUAUAGAGUGCGAUUUAUGAGAAUUUAUGAGAUACUUCUUUACAGUUCACCAAAGAAAUGGAUAAUCUGUGCCGAUCUCUUUUAUUUUUACCUUUAUACAGCGUUUCUAGAACACUGUCACUAUUCCUCAUCCAUCUCCAUCUUAUGCCAUCCUUUCCACCCCCAGCUAAAGUUAAAGAGGAGAUAUAUAUAUAUAUAUAUAUAAAUAAAUAUAUAUAUACAGGAUCUAUUUUAGAUUAGGGUUAACUAUUUACAUCAAAUUAAGAUACACAAAUGACCACGGUUGUUGCCUUAGCCUUAAAAAUGAUUAAUAGUUUCAAACCACCUCACUCCACUUUUGAGGGAUCUGAUUUGAAUUUGUAAAGGCAGUUCCUCUGAGAACAGGACCCUCCAGGCUAAACCCAAGGCAGCUAAUUCUGGCCCUGAAGGAGCAGCGAGGAGAAACCAAGGCUGUCCUUACAGGAGGCGGGCUGGCCAGCAUAACGGCGCGACACAGAAACGAACUGUGCAUUCCACGCCUUCUCUAGUGCGGGAUUCCGUGCAGAGGCUUGGAAGUGCCCACCCCACGCCCGAGGUUCACUUGCCAGGAAGGGACAGACAUGAAAUUAGGACAGGAGCAGUGAGGGGAGCUAGUGACUAUUCAAAAGGGAAAACGAUUUCACAUUGCUUUUUAGAGUUCAAAUCAACAUCUUUCUGGAUAAAUAUAUUUUUUAACAGAAUCUUUUUAUUAUUUUUAAAAGAUAGAAAAACAACUACUCCCAUCCGUAGCAAUACAAGGUUAUACAUUUUAACCAGAUUUUCUCAGGCCUUUUUUGGAUACCUUUAGUAGUUAACUAUUUUGUCUAACCCUUCUGUAAAUAACCAUGGCACAACGUUCAGCGCGUGGGGAAAUACAGCGGAGGCGCCCUCACCCCUGCGUACCUACUCCCCAGGCUGCACUGAAAUAACCUGGUAAACAAUAUCCUCCUCUGUUCUGCGUCUGUUUCCUAUCUGUUGGGCUUCUUUGGGGCUGGGAAGAGAAACAUAAACUGUUCAGUUAGUGUCUGUAUCAUACAGUUAGUGUUGCCAGUAAAAUGUUCCUUAGUCACAAGAAUUGUGCUUUUGAUCCAUAUAACCAUCUGCCUUUUCUACCAUGGUCUGGCCAAGAUUCCUUGUCCACACACAAGGCCAGUAUAUGUAGCAUCACAUUUGUUUCAAAUGUGCAGCUUGGCGCUGUCGACUUAAGUGUGGCCUGGAGGGAAGGCGCUUCUCAGAGCGGCUGCAGUAGGGCCCUAUGGUUUACUCACUAAGGUGAAUCAUAAGCAAUUUCUCCGUUUGCAUUCCAUUGUUCUGCCCCUGGUGUCUUUGACUUUCCCUGGGAAGUCAGUUAAGAGAGGGGCUGAGCAUGUGUCAACCUGUGGCAGCAGGGGUUCUAUUGGUGUUCACUCUCUUAAAAAUGCAAAUAAAGACUGCUUCCUUAGAGGGUGCUCCUACUAUAUCCCAGGCAGUCUCUGAGUUCUUUUUUUCUUUCCACAUUGUUUCCCUAUGUGCCACAUCUUGAUGUGUAUGUGCUGGGACCUUGGACGGCGCCCAUCGUCAGCUGUGGGUUCCAGAGGUACCACGCUCCUCUCAGCCUUCCUGCCAUAGUCCUACAGGCCGGCACCCCACUCCACUGCUUCAAGUGGAGACCAAGGCAAGCCAGGGCCUGAGUCGCUGAGCUGCCUCCGCAGGGCUGCUCCUUGAGGUGGGUGGCCAAGCCAAGGACAAAUCAUGCUCUUUGAAGCCGAAUACUUUGUGAGGCUAUUCUGAGAAGUUCACCAUAGAAGGUGAUCAUAAGAGCUUUCAGAUUUAUCCUACACCUAAAUCUUUUGAUAGUAAAUCAAGAAAGGUGGUGACCAGUACAAAUUGUUUGGGCUCUAAAACUCUGACCUUGCUAUUUCUAAGAAAGUGUGAAGAAGCUGCUCAGCUUUGUGGUUAUAGUGAUACUCAGAGCCAAUGGAGUCCUGGGAAGAACAGUUACUCUCCUUGGGUCAAGAGAUGGAAUAUUUAUUAAAACAUUGAUCAUUUCUUUUUUUAGUUUUAAGGUUGGGUGACCCACUAUCAAUCAGCAGCAAAGUUUAAUUGUGCAAUUUCUGCAUGUAAGACAUGGCUAGGAACUAAUUCUAACAAAGUUCCUGAGACACUGCUCCAUAAACAAGCCUGUCACGUCAUACAUAAUGUCCGGUGUCAAGGCAGCUGCGUGCAUUGAAUAGUGACCAGAAAGAAAAGACUGUAACACCAAUUGGGUCAUUUCCUGCGGUUGCAGGUGACGAUGGCAGCUUCAAAGGGCGGCAAUGCAGCAAGCGAUGGGGUCAAAGCCUAAGCUAAACACAACCAGCGUAUAUAUGGAUUUAGAUUGGGUUGCUGAGAAAAAGCAUGAGUCCUGUGUUCCUAAGUCUCAAGCAGCACUUGUAGACUUCUUAAUCCUAACUAUAAUGAAAAUUAAGUGUUCGCUAAAAUAACCUGUGUUUGGUGUUAAUUAAUGGAAUGUGUUCACUGGGCUACAUAGCAGGUAUGCUGAGUAUGGGUUCUGUUUAUAAGGUCUUGGUUUGGCUUCUAUCUUGCCUCACACUCCAAAAGAAGGUCAGGAAAAGGAUUCUACUUGACUCAAAGCACAUAGAACUUCUGGCACAUAGAAGUUUUCAGUGUAAUUCUCUCCUACCCCCAAGUUAUGUUUUCAUCUUCUUUACUCAUAUCUUGCUUAUAAUCUGUCUACCACUCGAAGUGGAUUAAAGACCUAGACAUAAGACCCAAAACCAUAAAAUACCUGUAAACAAAGGUGGGCAAAACACUAUACGACAUACACCUCAGUAACGUCUUUAAAGAUAUAACACCCAACGCAAUGAUAGUGAAGGAAAGGAUAAACAGAUGGGACUACAUCAA